AUGCCUCACGGCCUUUUGCAGGAGGAGGAGCCCCUCGUCAAGGGAAAUUUUACCGAAAAAGGCUUAGUCGACAAGCUCGUGCCGCUUGUAACCUUACCUUGGAAUCCCGUGACUCAUGCUGAAUCAUCCGAUCAUGGGGUCUCGUGCCCCCUCUUGGAGUCACCUGAUUGGUCCAACCGCCUCAUCUUAUCGACUGUCCCCGGCGUCAUCGGCCCUAGGGACCUGCUUCUCCUCAUCUCACAAGCCCAGGACAUCACCGUCUUGCUUCUUCGAACCCCUCAACUUUAUUUCCAAUUAUCAAGUAAAAUAUCUUGUGGUAUCUUCAAGUUGUAA